UGAUGAAAGUUAAAAGUCAAGAGCGCUUCCUCUGUGAUUACAAAUAAAUGAAGAAUUUGUUUUAUAAAUUAUGUAGCAAUGUCAGUUGGAAACGCCGUGAAAAUGAUUUGAAAUAAUAAAAUUACACAUUUUUAAUGGGAAAUAUUUGUACGGCGUAUUUCAUCCAUCAAUCUAUUGUCAUCAAAGGAACGAAAUACACAAUUAUUAAAGACAUUGGUGAAGGAGCUUUUUCCUAUGUACAAUGUGUGAAAGACAGAAAAGGAAAUCUGUAUGCCUUGAAAAGAGUUCGUCUACAAUUGGCUGAUCAAGAAGAGUCAUUUAUACAAGAAGUUGAAGCUCAUUAUUCGGUUGAUCAUCCCAAUGUGUUACAUCUUAUUGACUCAGAAAUUUUAAAUCAUAAAGGUGAAAAGGAAGGAAGAAUGCUCUUUCCCUAUUACAAGGAAGGCAGUGUACAAGAUAUGAUAGAGAAUGCAUUUGGUCGCUAUUAUAUUCCUGAAUUAGAUAUUUUACAUUUAUUCAAAUCACUGUGUGAAGCAGUCCUUUCAUUUCAUGAGUGUGAACCAUCAUUAGCUCAUCGUGAUAUUAAGCCCCAUAACUUACUGCUGAUGUCAAAGACGUCUGUGAUAUUAAUGGAUCUUGGUAGCGUUGACAGGGCAGAGUAUGUCAUUACAUCAAGACAAGAAGCAUUGGCUCUUCAAGAGAAAUGCGCUCAAGAAUGUACUGCAGCUUAUAGAGCUCCAGAACUUUUUGAUGUGCCUUCUGAAUGCCUCAUCAAUUCCAAAACUGAUGUUUGGUCUUUAGGAUGUACAUUAUAUGCAAUGGCUUACGGAAGCAGUCCUUUCAAUGGCUCCGCUACAGCUGCUAUGAGUGGUCAGAUAAAAAUCCCUUCUGAUAGUUGUUAUUCAAUGGAUUUGAACAAUUUAAUUCUGAGCAUGAUAAAAAUCGAUCCUUCAGAACGACCAACUGUUCGUGCUAUUUUACAGCGUUUGGAAAAUCUUGCACCUUCGUCUACUGAAAUAGCUGAUUUAAUGCACAAUGAUCAAUUUCAAACUACGAGAACUUAGUUUAACUGUAAAAUAGUAAAAUAGAAUAAGAAUCAAUGAUCAACUGAAACUCUCAA